CCUUCGAUGCAGGUUUGCUUUUUUUUUCUUUUCCUCCUUCCCCGGAUUCCAGCGCCCCCAGCAGCAUCAUGGCCGAUUUGUACUAAAUUUGGGCCGACGGCCGAGGAUGUCCUUAGACUCACUAUCUACUAGACUACUGCUGUGGGUGUGGGAAGAUGGAUCUGGAUCUAACGAUCCUGGGGCAGAUGCUAGUUUUACUAGCGAAUCGUUUGUCCGAAUUUCCUCUGGUGACCCUCUUUUCAUUCCUUGCUCUUUUUUCUGUUUUUCAAGAAGGGAAAUCAAUAGUUGUCCCACUCUGUUCCUAUGAGAGGGGAACACAACUUACAAGAGGACAUAUGGCCAACAAUGGCCUGCAGAGAAGACAAAGGAGGUGCUCGAGGCUCUGGCAGGAUAGACGGGAAGGAAGAACGCCUUCAAAUCGCCAAACCGCACUGGGCCCUUGCUUGGGUCGUCUGUCAUCUGCAAUUAUUCGGUCCGCCCCUCUGGAACCAAAUUCGCAUUAACCAACCUAGAUUUAUCGACAUCUCUCGUCUCGUGGCUAAUCUUCUAUCCUCACUGGCUUCUCUCACCCUCCUUGAUCAAUAUUUCAAUCCCGACUGAGGUCACUUUCGCUCCAUUCAAUCGGCGAACCCUUCCUCUGAGCAGCCCAUCCGACCGGGUUUGACGCAGCCCUGCUGGUCCGACCGUUUUGUCUUCCAGUGCGCUUCGUUAGUUCGUCCCGAUAGUUCACUAGCGACUACGGCAGUAUCGCUCGCAUGAUUUAGCAUAUUCCGUGACGUCCAGUCAACUCUACCUUGUACUCCUUACAGUCGACCUCCAACCAGCGUCUGCUCAGCUGUCCACGUUUCUGACCGCC